AGCAAUGCCAGCGCCAGAGCAGAGACCCGCAGUCUGAAGGGAGUGUGAGCGCUGACCGGGAUACCGCCAACGCUGACGGGGAUACCGCGAGCGCAGACCUGGAUACCGCGAGCGCAGGGGAAAAUGGUUAGACUGAGGGGGGCUCGCUGCAGAACUCGGGCACGGACGCUACAGCAUGGACUCUAAAUCCCUGGACAGCUGCGUCCAGAACACCCUGGCGGCUCUGUACCCGCCGUUCGAGGCCACCGCCGCCACCGUGCUCUGCCAGGUGCUGGACGUGGUGGAGGGGACGUACCGCGGGGACGGCCUGCGCUACCUGAUCGACUUCCUGGUUCCGGCCAAGCACAUCCUGCAGUGCAUCCAGCAGGACGCCUGCUUCCCCUACAAUGGCUUCCUGUUCCGGCACGAGGGCUGGCCGCUGUGCGUGGGCGAGAAGGUCAUAGUCCAGCUGUGCCCUCUGGACCGCCGCGUGCUGCGGCCCAGGGACUUCUACCUGCAGGUGGCGCCGUGCCCCAGGAAGGGCCCGCGCGUGCUGCUGAAGAGCCUGUCGUGGGACGGGCGGGAUGUGGAGGAGCUGGAGGUGCCGGCGGUGAGCUACGCCUCCAUCUUCACCAUGGACUGGCUGGACUCCGUCAACCGGGAGCGCGCGGGCGUGGCCCUGGAGCGCUGCCUGCUGGCCGGAGACGGGCACGUCUUCCGCCUGCCCUGGGAGGACGUGGUGCGGCCCGAGUUCGUGGGCGAGGCCAAGGGCGGCGCGGAGCCGGGGGCCGGGGGGGCACGGGACGCCCGAGCCGAAUCGCGGGACGGCGGCGGCGAGGAGGGGCGGAGCCACGGGGACCGCGCGCGGUCGCAGACUGACUGCAGCGCCACCCGCGGGGGGGAGCCGGAGGGCGAGGCGGGGGACACGGACCCUGAGGGGGAGUACGUAGAGCUGCUGGACGUCGCCCUGCCACGCCUCUCCCCGCAGACGGGCUCCCUGACCCAGGCCGUCACCCUCAACCACAAAAACCACAGCAAGACGAGGACUAGCGAGCAGACACUGGGGUCUGCCUUCAUAAACAGCACUUCUGCCCACACGCUUCACUCAGUCCUCAUAGAGGAUUCCAGUCCACGGACAGACUCUGCCUGUCCGGUCAUCCUGACCCCCACGCAGACUGAGGGCUUUGGGACAGGUGAAAGUUUGGGGAGCGUUUCUCACACGCCUGCAGUCAUCGGGUCAGAGGGCCUGCCGCCUGCCGCCUCUGCCGGUCCUGCGGAUUUGAGAGAUCCGCCGGCGGGUCACGGGACGGGCCCGGCCGCUGCAGAGGGGGGCGAGGCGGUGCCGGGCGGGGCUGCGGACAGCACCAGUCAUUCACGCGACCCCAGCGGUGGCAGCGAGCCGACGGGACUGGAGCCGCGCCCUGUGGAGGGCAGCGAGGGCCACGCCCAGGAGGAGUCCGUCCGGGCGUCCCUCUCCCCCGCCCCGAACCAAAGCCCCCCGCACGCGGACCCUCCGUCCCAGGGGGACAGUCCCCUGUCUGACACGCACUCCGCUCUGCCUUCUGGGACGGCCCCCAGCCAAGCAGAGUCCGGCUCCCUCACUCACACAGGCUGCAGCUCCGCGACGGAACAACGUCAAGGUACAGCUGAGGGCUUAGAACAGCGUGAGGGUACAGGCGAAGGUGUAGAACAGUGUCUGGGUACAGGUGAGGGCUUAGAACAGCGUGAGGGUACAGGCGAAGGUGUAGAACAGUGUCUGGGUACAGGUGAGGGCUCAGAACAGCGUGAGGAUACAGCUAAGUGUUCAGAACAACAUGAGGGUACAGGUGAGGGUUCAGAACAGCAUGAGGUUGUAGAACAGCGUGAGGGUACACCUGAUGGUGUAGAACUGUGUCUGAGUACAGGUGAGGGUUUAGAACAGCAUGAGGGUGUAGAACAGCGUCUGGGUACAGCUGAGGGUGUAGAACUGUGUCUGAGUACAGCUGAGGGUGUAGAACAGCGUCUGGGUACAGCUGAGGGUGUAGAACAGCGUCUGGGUACAGCUGAGGGUGUAGAACAGCGUCUGGGUACAGCUGAGGGUGUAGAACAGUGUGAGGGUACAGGUAAGGGUUCAGAACAGUGUGAGGGUACAGGUGAGGGUUCAGAACAGUGUGAGGGUACAGGUGAAGGCUCAGAACAGUGUGAGGGUUCAGAACAGUGUGAGGGUACAGGUGAGGGUUCAGAAAAGUGUGAGGGUACAGGUGAGGGUUCAGAGCUGCCGCAUGGCGGGGGCGAGCUGGAGGAGGCCGCAGAGGGCGGGGCCCCAGCAGGGCAGAGAGAGGAAACACAAACAGCCAUGUCAGAGGCCACGCCCCAACACCUCUCCACUCAGGAGGACAGCUCAGCUGGUGGAGCAGGUGAGACAGGUGUAGAUUCAGAGGGAGGAGGUGCAGAGGAGGCAGGCGGAGGAGGCACAGAACAGGAGCAGGCAGCGGGAGGAGGCACAGAACAGAAGGAGGCAGAGGGAGGAGGUGCGGAUGAGGAGGCGGCAAAGGGAGGAGAUGCAGUGGAGGAGGUGGCAGAGGGAGGAAGUGCAGAGCAGAAGGAGGCAGAGGGAGGAGGUGCUGAGAAGGAGGUAGAGGGAGGAGGUGCUGAACAGAAGGAGGCAGAGGGAGUAGGUAUGGAGCAGGCAGAGGGAGGAGGUGUGGUGCAGGAGGCAGAGGGAGGCGCAGAGCUGGAGCAGGCAGAGGGAGGAGCUGCAGAGAAGGAGGAGGCUGCAGGAGAGGGUGCGGAGGGCGUGGUUUCUGAUGUCCCAGGAGCAGCUCAGACAGGGGCGGAGUGUGUGACAUGCGUCACGGACAGCACACACAUCCCUGAGGACUGCGGUGCUCCUGCUACUGAGUCAGCGACACAUGGACCGGUGCUCCCGGCGGGAGGGGCCGGGGAGGGGGACGAGUCCGGCGGGCCGCCCGAACAGCACACAGGCGCUCCGCGGGACGGCCCGGGAGCAGAGGAGCAGCCGGAGGAUGGGGGUGUGAGUGAAACACACACGCAGCGCGCUCAGGACCAUGGACCAUCUGAGGGAGGAGAACACACAGAACCUGAGGAGUCUCACCAGCCAGGCUCCAGUCAGGGGGAAGAGCUGGUCCUGAAACAAGGCCAGGGGCCCUGUGCCCUGGGGAAGCCGGCCAGCCCGGUGGGCGGCAGCGGGGAGGAGGCCGUCACCCUAAAGCAGCAGGACACGGUGUGUGUCUGUCCCGCCCUGCCCAAGGCCCAGCCGGUACUGCCCCAGGCCCAGCCAGUCCUGCCCCAGGCCCAGCCGGUACUGCCCCAGGCCCAGCCGGUCCUGCCCCAGGCCCAGCCGGUACUGCCCCAGGCCCAGCCGGUACUGCCCCAGGCCCAGCCAGUACUGCCCCAGGCCCACAGCAUGAACAGAGAGGUGCUGAGCUCCGGAGUGCUCUGUCUGCCCGGAACGCGGGACAAAGGCGGACGCGCCCUGGUGAUCGUGACGACCAGAAAUACGGCUUGGCUGAACCCGCGCUGCAACAGCGGCGAGCUCGCGCGCAUCCUGGAGUACUUCCACACCACGCUCCGGAAGGACGUGAGCUCCCUGGGGUUGACCGUCCUGGUGGACGCCCGCCGAUGCUCGCCCGUCCCCGCGCUCUUCAAGGCCUUCAACAUCCUGCAGGAGUCUGUGCCCGGCUGCAUCCACACCCUGCUGCUGCUGGCUGACAGAGACCUGGCCUUCCGCAUGGAGAAGCCCUCUGCCCUGCAGUUUGAGCUCCUGCCGUCCCUCAAGUCUCUGUACAAGCACGUGGACAGCACCCAGCUGCCGGCCGAAUUCGAGGGCACCUUCCCCUUCUGCCACAGCAGCUGGGUCGCGUUCCGGAUGAGGUUGGAGCAGCUGAGCAGCAGCUGCAAGGAUGCCGUCAGCUUGCUGAAGAGCACCAUCUCAAACCUGGAGACCUCCUCACUUCCUGCUACUGCUGAGGAGGCCCGGCUGCUGCUGGGCCGGUACCGGGACCUGAUGCACAGCGUCCUGCAGGACAGCGGGCUGGUGCGCCUGCAGCUGGAGGGCGGGGCCUCCCUGUCCCGCCUCCGGAAGGAGGAGUCGAGCGUCAGCCUCACCGAGGACUACAGGGAUGCCAUUGAGGAGGUCAGCGGACUCUACGACCAGGUGGACGAGCUGGUGCAUCGGCUGGUGACGCUGUCCAACAAGUGCACCCAGGAGCUGGAGUUCAUCGUGGAGUUCAAGGUCCUGGAGGAGGGCUUUAAGGAGGUGAGAGGCUGGAUCGAGGACGUUGGGGAGGGUCAGCUCAAGGCCCUGGGAGAUCUGGAGGAUUCGCUGGAGCAGCUGCGUGUGAAGCAGGCCCUCUUCCAGGACUUCUACUCCACUGCAUACGAGCGCUGUAAGACCGGGGAGGCCCUGCUGAAGAGGCUGGAGAGGUGGGAGGUGGACGUGUCCUCCGCGGAGCUGCAGGUGUACGAGGUGAAGGUGCGCUCCUUCUGCGUGCACCUGAGGGACUUCUCCCAGAGGGUGGAGGACGCCAAGAGCAGGAUCCACAAGACCGUCAGACUCUACGAGUUCUUCGACAAGGCGUACGAGUGGGCGCUGGAGGGCAUGCGCCACCUGGCCUGCGUCAGCAUGGAGGACUGCGUCGCGCCCGAGAAGUGCCACGCGGUGGCCAAGUGCCUGGAGGGGUACCGGCGGCAGCACCCGGAGAUCGCCGACGCCCGCUUCCAGGAGAUGAGCGCGCUGGCGGGGGAGCUGCGGAGCGAGCGGGGCCUGCGGCAGUGGAAGUUCGCCUGGUCCAAGUGCCAGGAGACCAAGCAGAUGUUCGAGAAGAAGCUGGAGGCGGCGCUGCGCACCCGCCGCUCGCUGCCGGGGGACGGCCCGGAGAAGGGCCGCCGCCACUCGGACGGCGCCGAGACGCUGCAGGGGCGCGGCGGCGGCGGCCUGGCCUUCGCCUGCCGGAAGGCCUUCGGGUCCCGGCCGGCCCUCUCCGCCGGGGACGCCGCCUCGCUCAAGGGCUCCACCCCCUCGCUCAAAGGCUCCACCCCCAGCCUGUCGGGCCGCUGCACCCCGCCGAGCUCGCAGCCGCUGUCCCGGAGCACCUCCGCCGAGGAGCCCCCUCAGAGGCCCCGCCUGGAGGCGCACGCCCGCGUCAGCUCCGCCCCCUUCUGCCCGGCGCUGUCGGCGGGCGAGGCCGGGCGCCGCGUGCUGCGCAAGACCCAGAGCUUCGACACGCCCCCCGCGCCCGCCCCCGCCGAGUCGCCGCGCUACGGCUCCUGCCAGCGCGCGGUGAGCGAGCCGGCCCGCCGCGGCAACACCGGGGUCUUCAUCAAGGGCCUGGAGGUGAGCAGCACGGAGGUGGCGGACCGGGCCUACGGCUCCCGCCUCCCCGCCGCCAGCUGGAGCCCCUCGGACGGCCUGCGGAACAGCACCCCCGUCCCAGAGCCCCGAGCCAAGGGCAGUAAGCUGCGUCACAUCGUGGACGAGAUGGUGACGACGGAGCGGGAGUACGUGCGCUCGCUGCGCUACAUCAUCGAGCACUACUUCCCCGAGAUGGAGCGGCCCGACCUGCCCCAGGACCUGCGGGGCAAGCGCAGCGUCAUCUUCGGCAACCUGGAGAAGCUGGUGGACUUCCACAGCCAGUACUUCCUGAAGGAGCUGGAGAGCUGCUGCAACCACCCGCUGCGCGUCAGCCACUGCUUCCUCCGACACAAAGACCAGUUUGGCCUGUAUGCCUUGUACAGCAAGAAUAAACCAAAGUCUGAUGCUCUGCUAGCCAGCCAUGGAAAUACCUUCUUCAGGAACAAGCAGCUGGAGCUGGAGGAUAAGAUGGACCUGGCGUCCUACCUGCUGAAGCCCAUCCAGCGCAUGAGCAAGUACGCGCUGCUGCUGAAGGACCUGAUCAAGGAGGUGAGCGAGGCGCAGGAGCAGGAGCUGGCCUGCCUGCGCGCCGCCGCCGAGAUGGUCAAGUUCCAGCUGCGCCACGGCAACGACCUGCUGGCCAUGGACGCCAUCCGCGACUGCGACGUGAACCUGAAGGAGCAGGGCCAGCUGGUCAGGCAGGACGAGUUCACCAUCUGGUUCGGGAGGAAGAGGUGCCAGCGACACGUCUUCCUGUUCGAGGACCUGGUGCUCUUCAGCAAACCCAAGAGGAUCGAGGGGGGGCUGGACGUCUACAUCUACAAGCAUUCGUUUAAGACUGCAGACGUGGGGAUGACGGAGACGUCCGGCGAGAACGCUCAGCGCUUCGAGAUCUGGUUCCGGAGGAGAACCUCCAAAAACCAGACGUACGUCCUGCAGGCCGCCAGCACUGAGAUCAAGCACGCCUGGACUUCAGACAUUGCCCAGAUCCUCUGGCAGCAGGCCACCCGGAACAAAGAGCUGCGAAUGCAGGAAAUGGUGUCAAUGGGAGUGGGAAACAAGCCCUUCCUGGACAUAAAGCCCAGCGACGCUGCCAUCAACGACAGGGCCAUCGACUACAUCAUGAAGGGGAGAGGAGCCAGGACAAGGGCAUCGAUAGCCGUGUCUCUCUUCGACCACACCAACCCCUACAAGAGGACGGAGGGGAACUCGUCCGGCUCUGGGCCCCCCUCAGCGGCCGGGCCCUCCUCGACCUCCCUCCUGGGGCCCCUCAACCUGCACAUGUACAGCAACCAGCCCCUGAUGCCCGGGGCCGAGCGCUCCUUCAUCAGCCCCUGCAUCGAGGAGGACGAGAUGGAGCACGAGACCAGCAGCCAGCCCUCUAUGACUACGGAGAGCUCGGAGUCGUCGCACUGCAUGUCGGCCAGCGGGUCCAGCGGGUCGGACAGCGGCUGCGUCUCCAGCCACCUCCCGGAGGCGCUGUCCGAGGACCCGGGGUCGCCCUGCGAGCCGUCCUGCUACCCCAGCGUCAGCUCCCCCAUGGAGGGCAAGCCGUGCUUCAACAGCCAGUACAUUUCAGCGAAAGCAGGCCAAAUGCUAAGCCCAUCCACAGUAGUGUGAGCGUUCUUCCGCUGCUUUACGUUUAAAAGUCCAUAAGCUCUCGUCGACAGGUAUUGGCCACACGAGGACGAAAACUCUCCAAGCGUUUAUUUUUCCUCUUUUGACCGACACAUCUCAUCUCAGACGAACACUGAAAGGGCUGGAGGGGAGCACUGCUAAAAAAAAAGCCACUUUUGAGCAUAGCUUUUUUAUGGUUUGAACAACCGUUUAAAUAUUCUUGUAUUUAUCUUUUUCCCCGUGCCAGUGUAGUAGUGCCCUGUACCAUGUUGAAAUUUGUAAAUAAUUAUUGUGAUAGUUUACAAUGCAGUUAUGAACUGUUUUUGUUGUCCUGUUGACCACUUUGCUGUAGACUGCAAUUAAAAUGGCAGAACUGUACCUUACUAUGAAAAGGUAUUUGUUAAACUGAAGGAGGAGUGCAGUCGUACUCUUCUAGGUUCGAAAGCAACUUGCUUUUUUCUUUUCUUUUCUUUUUUUUUUUUACAAAGAAGGCAGAAUUUGCAUGACUCUUACGUUGUUAUUACAUAAGGUCUCUCUUUCUCGUUAAAUUGACCCGUGGUCAGACUUCCGUUGUUUUAUUUUGACGUUGUCACUCUGUGGCCACACAGCUGAAAAAGCCAACUUAUCCUAGUGCUUCCAUUGUGUGAUUGUACACGCCGGUUGGAUCCAGUUUAGGAUCCCCUUUGUUAAGCUCUGUCAGGUUGCGUGAGAGGCUGCAGCUCCAGCCCCCAUGUGACCACAGCUCCGCCCCUAACAGUAGGGAAACCCCUGGGAGUCAUGUGACCCCUCCCCAAAAAGGCUGUGAGUGUUCGAAUGCAAAAUCCACAAUUUAAGGAAUGCAUUUUUCAUACAUGUAUGCUGUAGUCAUUGACACUUCCUGUUUGUCUAUGUAUCGUAGAAUGCAGGGAAAGGACAUAUUGUGCUGUUCACAUUUAUUCAGCAAUAUGUACAACUGCCUGUGAAGUAUGAAGUGCCAAUAGCCAAACUGAUGCAUUCUGUGUAUUAAAAACAUGUUCCUUAUGUUUUUUGAAAUCUUAUGUGAAUCAUAUUACCUUUGCAAAAGGGACCAGAUCGAAUAAGGGGCAAGUGUUCGACGUUCAGUUUCUUAGUAAUGUUAAGACAGCAUUUAAAAACAUGCAAAAAAAAAUGUACAUUAUUUUGUAAAUAUUUUGCACCAGUGGUGCACUGUGGUUUUAGUUGGGAAUAACUUUAUACAUGUCUGUAUUAACCAACAAAGCAGGGAGUCACUGAAGUGCCAUUCUUAACGUGUAAAAACAUUGAUCUCCAUUCAUAGCUGGGGCAGCAUGAUUGUACUCAAGUGACAGAUUUCUUAAUCCUAACAGGUUCUCAAGUAUUUAAUAAAGAUGAAUUUCUUUCAAUCUAAAAAA